AUGGAGUUGACUAGGAUCUGUGCUUGGGCAUACACGGACUCUGCAGGCUCUGUGAGCAGCAAUAACCGAGAAAAUUUUCCAGAUAAACUAGAUAUUAUUAGUAUUAUAACAACCCGCAGCGACGAGACUGAAAACUAUUGUGUACAUAACUUAAACCGAAAAGAUAGAAAGAAUUCGACUAUUCGAGAAGUAAUAAUUCCAAAGAUCGACUACAUGUAUAGAAGACCCGCAUUGUUUUCUUUAAGCAAGAAAGUAAAAAGUCUACCCUUUUUUGAAGUCAAACAAAACCGAAAACACUUUUUUGGACUGAAGCUUGAGUGGAUUAGCAGUAGGCUAAUCGUGGUAUCUAUUGAGAAAGGGACUCGCGCAGAGCGAUGUGGCAUCAAUAUCGGUGAUGAACUGCUAGAGCUUAACGGCUAUGUUAUCACGACGCAACUCUCGAAAAGAGCUAUUAAUAACAUUUUUAACCUUUCCCAAGAAGUAAAGUUAAAAAUAAAAGACGGACAGGGAAAAUACUUGACUAUCCACAAAGAUCAAUAUAGCAAAAAGGUUUCUUUAGGUUUGAGGCUAAGCAAAAGAAAGGUUGUAGUGGUACAAGCGGGUUCCGUAGCAGAACAAGUAAAAGUCUCGGUGGGAGAAACCCUUUCCUGCAUCAACGGCAGACCCACCGUGGGCAAGAGUGACAAGAAUUUACAGAAGAAGAUCCAAAGAAGUCUAGGCAGAAGAUCUGUCACACUAACUCUGCUCACUGAUAAUUAGUUUAUGU